GCGGAGGCAGCAGCAGCAGCAGCAGCGAGCACACGGACGUCUUCACUGCGUGUCAAAGCGGUGUGCUUUUCCAAAUGGCAACGACGGCGGACGACCAGCGAGAACCGGCGGACGUCGCUGCACUGUCGACUCACCCCGGCUGCCACCACCACCGUAACAGCAACAGCAACAACAACAAUAAUAAUAACAACAACAAAGACAGCGAGGCGGGAGAAAGCACGACCUCCACCACCACCACCACCACCACCACUGCCGCCAGUCCGACCGAGCCCGGCGGGACGGCGCCGCAGAGCAUCGGUAACGGCUCGGUCAUUAACCCCAGCGGGGGGAACAACGGGAAGUGGGUCCGGCUGAACGUCGGAGGCACGGUGUUCCUCACAACACGACAGACGCUCCUAAAAGAGCAAACUUCAUUCCUGUACCGGCUGUGCCAGCAGCAGGACCUGCACUCAGACACGGAUGAGACAGGAGCGUAUGUGAUUGACAGAGACCCCACCUACUUCGGUCCCAUCCUCAACUACUUGCGGCAUGGAAAACUGGUCUACAACAAGGAGCUGGCUGAAGAAGGUGUGCUGGAGGAGGCCGAGUUUUACAACAUCACCCCGCUGAUCAAACUGAUCAAGGAGAGGAUCAUAGAGAGAGACUCCAAGGCCACGCAGCAGGUGCCCCCCAAGCACGUCUACCGAGUGUUGCAGUGCCAGGAAGAGGAGCUGACCCAGAUGGUCUCCACAAUGUCGGACGGCUGGAAGUUUGAGCAGGUCAGCGUGCGCACCUGCAGAAAGCCCCGCACCGGACUGCUCUGGACUAUGGUGAACAUCGGCUCGUCGUACAGCUACGGUACAGAGGACCAGGCAGAGUUUCUGUGCGUCGUCUCCAAGGAGCUUCACACGCCGGGAUCCGGGCUGGGGACGGAGCAGAGCCACAAAACUAAGCCGGCGGAGUUGCAGGAGGAGGAAGCAGCGAAGGAUGAGGAGGAGGAGGAGGUGGAGGAGGAGGGAGGGAGAGAUACCGCACCGAAUGAGUGGCUUAGAGAAUGAGGGAAUCAUGUUUCUUUGUUCCAAAGAGAGGCGGGAAUGGCUUUUCCAGAUCCACGGGUCCCGGAUGUAGAAAUCGCAAGAAUCUAAGUUAUUUUUUUUCUAGGCUUAUUAUGACAUCCUGUUCAUGGUGUAUGUGUGUGUUUCGCAUCAAAUGAACAGUCACCAGAAGAGAUUUGUAGCGUUUUUAUUGGUCCGUCGACAAAAUGCCAGUUAUAAAGAUGACCAAAUGGAGAGGGGAAAAUAAGCAAAACGCACACACACACACACACACACACACACACAAAACGAAACAGAAUCGUGCAGUCAGUCACAGCAAAGUGUCUUCAAAGAUAUUUACCAGUGAAGCUCAUUUUAUUAGGAGAAAUGAUCAUGUGUUGGUGUGCAAAAUGUGUUAUUGCCAAGGGUGGUAGUGAAGCUUAGUAAAUUAUAACCAAAGAUCCAGAUUUAAGCUGGCUGAACCAAGGUGCUGAACAAGAAUAUAAAAUCCCGCCUGAAGGAAAUAGAAAUAGUUUUGGUUGAACAGUGAGGAGACGUGGCUGUGACAAUGUGAUCUGACGGAUAGCAGAUGGUGCCAGAGGAUCAGAUUACAUCUGUGUGGUGCAGCUCUGGAUCAUUUACUCUCUAGCUAUUGCAUUUCCAGCUGGCAUGGAGGCAUUAAUGAGUUAAUGACAAUCCAACCAAAUAUUUCAAUAUGUACUAUCAUCCCAGUGAUGGAUGCAGUAGUUCCCCAAAUAUAAGACCAUAAUAUACAAGACCAUUAGUCCUGUAGUUUUUGUGUUAUACAGACCUGACUGUAAGCAACUUUUUUUAAAUUUGUACUUGAGGCAGAAGUUUGGUUGGGAAACAAACAACCACAGUGAAAGCACUAGCUGUAAACGGCCAACAUUUCAGCCAUUACCAGCACAGAGAAAGUUUGCUAAAGCUGAUUUGAUUGAGUAGUUCACAGGUUCCAUGGUUCAUGUAGUAAAGGAAGUUUUUUCCUGCAUACAAAGCACACAAACAUUUUGAACCGCCCCUUUAACCCUUAGAGAAGGCCUCAUAAUCCCGGUCGCCUCGAGUCAAUAACUUUUGGUUUCAAGUUGCGUAAGAUGUUUGGAUCGCAGUAUAUGCUCGUAGGUCGUACUCAAAGCAUAAACAUAAGUAUGCAUGGGUAGCAUGCAGAUUUAAAUGAUGGAGCUGGAGAAAGAGGAAGGCAUUUUAAGCUUUGGGAGCACCAAACCAAUUAUUUUACUUAUCACCUUACACACUACAGCAAAAGCAGCCAGCUUACACACACACACACUACACUCACAAAAACACACACACUGCUUUACUUUUUUCCCUGGCACAAACAACUAGUCAUGCACUGACACACACCUGCUUCACCUUUUGCCCGUGCAUGCUAGCUCAGCAGCAGCAGCAGCAGCAGCAGCAGCAGCAGCAGCAUUGUCUCAGUCUGUUGCCCUGGCUUGGAUCCAGAGCCAGCUUUGGUCUCAGCUGACAGAGAUGUUGAUGAGAGUCAGGAAAAGCUUGAACUGAGAGAGAAAGGGAGGGGAGGGUUAGAGGAGAAGGGAGAGAAAUUUUUAAAAAAAUUAAAAAAAAGUCACUGCCAUUUUCUUUGCUUGGUAGAGUAAAGUUCAGCACUUAACACUCGUAGUAUCAACCCUCAGAGUGGGCAGGUCUGCUGCAGUGCAGGUGCUUGAUUGAAAAGGACUUAAAAAAGUAUUUAAUUAGAUAACACAUGACCUUUAACAACAUCUAUUGGCAACUUGUACGAACUGCACCACAGAUUAAAUUUGUAUCCCCUGCACAAGACUGAGCACAACCCCUGGCAGUCGUUUGUAUAAUGUUGUGUAAUGAAUUUAACCGUAUUAACCAAGUGUGUGUAAUGAAAGAACUCAUUCCCGGGUGUCAUUCCGCAAAUGCACCUCCCACAACGAUUUGACAGCACAUUUACUGUAUGGCAAAACACUGGAGGUGAAGUUGUUGAAUGCUGGAAAUAUAUAAUAAUUUUUAUCAGCAAGUAAUGAAUUGUCUAAAUAUGCAUUCAGCCUAGGAUAUGUCUACAAUAGCCCAAUGUCAUGUUGUAGCUUAUCAGAAAACAUUAAACCAAGUAAAACAUUGUAAAACAUGUUAACAUGGAGAUGGGGCAGGACUUUAGCUCUUUUAAAAUAUUUCUUGGAGGCAUAAAUAAUUACAAUGUUGUCUAAUACCAUGAAAAACCAAAACCAACAACAUGUUUAACCCUCUCUUACUUACUUGCUACCCUGCUGUAAAUCUUACAAAAUGUCUCAAGAAUACAGUGUCUUUUUUUUUUUACUGUAGUUCUGAGGAAAUUCUACUCAAACAUAAGUUAAUAUUGCAGUUUGGGGACUAUUUUCAUCUGUGGAUUAAUACACAUGUGGUGUGCUAGUAAGUACAGCAGCAGGACAGCGUGUGGGGGAUUGACUGGAAGUCAACUAGAGUGGACUUGUUCAUUGCUCUGACUAUACAGACAGUUCUUGUUAGCCAGAUACAUUUAUUGUUGGUUUUGGUCUUUCCAUGAUACAUUAAGAUAAAAUAAACAUAUAAAUAUCACUAGCUCACAUUAGUUAUUAAAGCAAUCCUGCAGUAAUCCGAAAAAGCAGCAGUUGUUUAGCUCAGCCCGCUGAGGUUUAGCACAUCUUGAGAGAUUAUUUCUGCCUUUGAGAGGUCCGCAGCCAUAUUUGAAACGUUGGCUGUCAGCAGCUUAUGUCCGAGCCCCUGCUGUUGAGCUGUGCAACACUGACUGACCAGCAAUGCAAGCAAACACACAAAUAGACACUACAUACACACACGACAUAGACUGUCUUAUACCGGCAAUAAGCAGUUAAGAGUUACAAUGUGAGACAAUCGAGAAUCAAGAUCACAGUCGGCUAGCUUUUGAUAAUAUUUUGAUAAUUUUAAGCUAAAAGUAAAGCUUAAAAAUGACAAUAACAAUAACAGGAGUGUGUUUGUGUCUGUGUGUGUGCAGAUGUGUCUCAUCUAUUUUAAGUGUAGAAUAUAAGCUGAUAUCCUGGAUCAUUAGGAUCCUUGCAAUACCUUAGCUGGAUCACCAGAAUACAAUAAAUGUUAGUAUAAUGCAGUUACUGCUUAUGAUAAUCACAACAGUACUAGUAACAGGAGGGAUAAGACUGAAAGAGACACGGUUAUUUUUCAUUUAGUUCUGUUACUUCAGCUUUUUCUUUUUUAACUCGGAUCAUUCGGUGCCUUGAGUUCGAGCAGCAAAACUUACAUUUCAAAACGAUCGUGGGUGUUAUUACAUGCAUUUUUUUUUUUUUUUAAUUUAGAAACAGCUGUUUUAAUAUUUUAGUUAAAGAAUGGGUAGUUUACAAUCUCAGCCUCUUGUGUAAAUUUGUUCCAGUGCUUAUUUGCUCUGAGAGUUUUAUUUUUCAGAAGGUGAUGACGAGCAGAUAAAGAGAGCAGAGCUGCAUGUUUGAGGGGAAGCCGUCUCACGCAGCUCUCUUGUAUAAUAUGUCAUGCCUUUUUUUAUUCUUUUGUACGUUUUGGUUGUAUAAUUUAUUCUCAAGGUUUCUUUUUGAAUGUUACAUGGUGAAAAUAAUUUGGGCUUGGACUUUUUUUUAAGGGGGGGGCGGGGGGAUUUAUGUCAUCUUACGGUGACCUUUUGAUUUUUCUACUUGAUGAAUUAUGUUUUACCUGGUGAUCUUUAACAGCACAUAGAAAUAUAAUCAUCAGGUUAAAUAAGCUAGUUUGUAGUUUUCACAUCAUGAAUGCUGUUAAACAUUCCCCCAAGAAUAGUUUUUAAAAUGUGUUAUCAUUAGCUCCGUUUUAUAAAACACUAUUUGCAUGUACAGUUACCCUGUUUGGUUUGCUGGAUCCACACUUUCAUUUUUUAAUUUGUACACUACUUGUUGAAUGGUUUCUGCUGUACAGUAGCGUAUAUUUUCACAUAGUAUUUGAUGUCAACAUAGCAGUCGUCUUUUCAUUAUUCUGUGUUAAAAAAAACAACCCAACAACAAUAACAAAAAACCCAAACAUCUGUCAGGCACAUGUGGAUAGAAAAGGUUUUUUUUUUAAUCUGAUGCUGGAGUUUCUUUCCUCUGCUGUCCAUAGAGCCUCAGUGUACUUUGUCUGUAUACAUACAAAACAAUGUGACACAUGAAUUGUAACGCCUCAGAUGAACCUGUUCAGGCUUCAACAAAACACUGUUUGUUUUUUAUUUCAUUGAACUGUAUUUCAUCAGGACCGGAAUAACAUGCGUACAUUUUCAAUAAUGUGACAAAAGGUCAAUUGUUUUUUUUAUUUAAUGUAAAUGAAUGUCACCAUUAUCAACCAAAUAAAACUUUGUCCUUUGGUUUAAAAUAUAAAUUUCUCAUUUUUUGAAAGCACUAUCACAACUACAGUGUGAUCAUAAUAUGCCCACGUCACCAUAAACUUGUAUUGAGUGCUGUAAAAUGAAAACAGUCAUACAUUCAACAUUUGAGUAUUAGAAGCAGUAGUUUCACCCUGGAUCUCUCCAGUUAUCUUUAGAUAUGUCAUUUAGUCACAAAAAUAUAAAUGCAUAUAAAGUUACCAUUGGAAGAACAAAGACAGAUAUAUAGAUUUUGACCAAAGAUCAAGAUAGCUAAGUCACUAAUAAAUA